CACUCCGUUUAGUCCUUCAACACUCAGUCGAGUGUCGAGAUGCAACUACUGAGCAGCAUUUGGAGGAAGCUCACGCAGACGAGAGCUCUAGAAUAUUCCAGCGGCAGCUAUGAGACUCAGUUCUUUGAGACAGUGUACCGCGUCAUGUUCCUGGCAGGCGUAUCAUCCCACGACCGCGGGCUACGGCUCGCCUACAGCUACCUGGUGAAGCUGACACUGGUGGUGUUCGUGGGCUCCGAGCUGUGGUACCUGUUCAGCCAGACCGCCGACCUCGACCACGUCAUCGACAACAUCAACGUCACGCUCAUACAUCUCAUCGCUAUGUACCGGUAUAGGGAUAUGAUGCGUCAUAAGGCGAUCUACAAGCGUCUGGCGGGUGCGAUGGAGUCCCCCCACUUCGACGUGUCGACGGCGGCGCGGCGCGCGCUGCUGCAGGCCUGGGCGCGGCGCAGCGAGCGGUACCUGCAGCUGCUGCUGGCGCUGGGCACCUGCACGCUGGCUGCAUGGUACGUGUACCCCCUAGUCGACGACCUGGACUACAACCUCACAGUGGCCGUCCGCCUGCCGUAUGACUACCGCACCCCGCAGCUCUACGCCGCCACGUACCUGGCCACGCUCGUCGCCUUCAACUACACCUCGUACUUCGUGAUGGUCAACGACCUCAUCAUGCAGGUGCAUCUGAUGCAUCUGCUGUGCCAGUACACGGUGCUGGCUGAUUGCUUCCGGAACAUUCUGGAAGAUUGUAGCGAUGAAGAGGAAAAUAAAAAUGAAAAUUACCAUAGCUUAGCGUGGGGAGACAAGUAUGUGAAAAGACUCGGAGAUUUGGUGAAUCAGCAUAAAUUUAUCAUGAGCAACACAUUAGAGUUGAAGCGCAUCUGGAGCACACCGAUGCUGAUGCAGUUCCUGGCCAGCAGCAUGCUCAUCUGCCUCGCGGGGUACCAGGUCACCGCCACGAUAAAGCUGAGCAUCACGAAGUUCCUGAUGAGCCUGCUGUACCUCGCCUACAACAUGUUCGAGCUGUUCAUAUUCUGCCGCUGGUGCGAUGAGAUCAAAAUACAGAGCGAGAAUAUAGCGGAGGCGGUGUACUGCUCGGGGUGGGAGCGCGGCGCGGCGGCGCGCGGCGGGGUGCGGGCGCGGCUGAUGCUGGUGCUCACCCGCGCCAGGAGGCCGCUCGUGCUGAGCGCCGGCGGCCUCUACGACCUGUCGCUGGCCUCCUACAGCACUCUGGUGAAAACUUCGUACAGUGCGCUGACUGUUCUGCUCAGAGUUAGCGACGAUUAGACCCGCCUCGGCCGACGACCGAUCACUGGAAAACGGAAAAUAACGUCAUUGCUAAUUGCAAAACAUAGA